AUGGCACCUCUUUCACUUUACAGCAUUACCAUCCCUCCCUUCCUCAAGCAACUUCGCAUGCUCUUGGCCAUCCUCGAGAAAGGAAAAGCACACUCCGCUGGCAAUGAAGCUAAGAUCCUCGAGUCACGCCUGAUUGAGGACAUGAGACCCCUCGUAUUCCAAAUUCAGCGCGCAAGUGACUCAGCAAAGGGUGUCGCCGUCCGCGUCGGCAAAGUAGAGCCAGAGUCCUGGCCAGAUAACGAAGAGACCUUCCCUGAGUUGGAAGUGCGUCUCAAGAAGACAAUUGCCUUCCUGGAGAAGGUUGAUCCGAAGUCAAUGGACGGAAUGGAAGACCAGGAGGUCGUGAUGCAGACUGGUAGUGGGGAGAGGAGGUUCUCGGCCACCGACUAUGUGCUCAGUUAUGCGAUUCCCAACUUCUACUUCCACAGUGUCACUGCGUAUGGGCUCUUGCGAAAGGAGGGUGUGCCAGUCGGAAAGAAGGAUUUUUUGGGUUGGGUCUGA